AGGGAGAGGGGGAACGCGGAUCUCGCCCGCCCGCGCGCCCGCCGGCCGGCCGUCCCCCCUCCGCCAUGUCCGCCGACGGCCCCGGCGCGGUCCGCCGGGCCCUUGACAGGGCGAGCGCGAGCCUCCGCAGCGGCCGCCGCGCGCUGGCCCGCUUCGCGCCCCGCCCCUCGGCCUUCUCCGCGGCCCCCGACGCCGAGGCGGCGGCGGUCCGCUCCGUGCGCAACCUCCGCACCUUCCGCGCCCACUACGCCGUGAUCCAGUGGGCGCUGCUGCUGGCCUCCCUCGCGCCCCGCCACCGCGCCUCCAUGCUCUUCCUCAUGGCCGCCUCCAAGGGCCUGCUCCUCUACGGGGCCCUCCUCCGCGCCUUCCCCGCCUCCGCGCUCCUCCGCCGCCUCCUCGACCGCCGCCUCGUCGCCGCCGUCUUCGUCGCCCUCGUCCUCGCCGACCUCGCCGCCGCCGGGGCGCUGCCCAACCUCCUCUUCGCGCUCGCCGCAGGCGCCCCCGUCGUCCUCCUCCACGCCGCGUUCCGCGUCCGCGACGACCUCGAGCCCGGGGCCGCCGCCUCCGCCGACAACGGCGCCGGGGGGGAGGAGGAGGAGGCCACGGGUGUCGUGGUGGAGAAGAAGGAGGACGGCGACAUGGAGACCGGGCCGACGCGCCGCUCCGCCACGGCCGCCGCCAAGUCCUAGGCUGCCAAGAUCUCGCCGCCCAUAUACCACAACUACACCUUAGAAAGACAGACAGAGUGCUGGUAUUCCUUGAUCAAAUUCCAUUCUUUUUGGAGAGAUUUGGAGGCUCACUACUACUACUACCUACUAGGAUGCAUCAGAAUGAAUCAGAAUUCGUUGUCUCUUAUCUUAAUCAUGGCUAGCAUUAGGAUUUCCCCCCUGUUCCUUGUGUAUACACAGAAGAUUUACUCCUGCUACUCCUACUGCAACAUUGUUGUUACUCCGUAGGCAAACUAGCAACUAACAAGAGAAUCAACUGGGUCUGUUAUGAUCCUUCUUUCCCACAGUAUAUGUAAUCCUGAUUGUCGCCGCAACCAGAGAUGCCUGCAUUGCAUUGCGCUGCAUUCGUUUGUAAGGCAGAUCCGAGCUAGCGCUUAGCCCCUCUGAUAAUGAUUAUUAUCAGUACCAGUACCAUUCUUUUCCCUCACUCCAUUUGCUGUUACCAGCAGUACUGUUUUGUGAAAUAGAGGAGUGCAGAUUCCAGUCUACUCCAUCCAUGUAUAAGCUAAUAUAAGACGUUUUAGAUCAUACAGAGUAUCUGCAUUCCGCAUUGCUGUGGUGGAAGAGUUUUUGCUGGCCCCUGUGGAUGAAAUGGGGUGUUUGGAACUUUGGAAACGGACAGCGAAAAAUGUAGGGCAUGGACAGAAUCAAGUCAAGAACAAGUUGGGGAUGUUUCACCAUUAUAAGAAGGAAAGUAGACACAAGUUGGGGAGGGAGGGAGGUUAAGAGUCAAGAAGACAAGGAACCCAGCCUAACAUGUUGGAGAAGAAACAUAGUGAAACUGAUAAAGCUGAAAUGGAGGAGAAUUAAUUCGCUGGACGGCACCGCAACCCUAGAGGCGAAGAAAGAAAGGGUUGAGACCUUCACCAGGUGUUGCCUCUGCCGUUGGUACCUGGUCCAGCUUGAGCUAAAAUACUAAUGGCAUGUGCUUGUGUGUGGUGUUUGUUGGAAGCAGGAAAAGGAAAGAAGAAGCAUGUGAGUGUGAUGUGCCAGUACCAAACAACUCCCAAGUGCAAUCAGCUGUCCAUUUAGUUGUGUCUGGUUAAUUCCCAGUAGUGCUUUUCUUUCUCCAUUCUUGUGCUACUACCUACUAGCCUUUGGUUGGUUGGUUGGUUGGUUGGGCUGUUGGUGUCAUGGCUGCUGCUGCUGCUGUUAACUGUCAAGCCAAGCUAGCCUGCUAAAGAUAAAGGGAGAAACCCAAAGCAAAAGCAAAUCAAGGAAGCAGACAAGCAACAGUUCCAUUCCUUAGGGGAAAACAAAUUCAGCAAUGUCGGCGAUUAUACUCCCUCCGGCCCACAAUGUAAAACAUUAGUGUAGUUGUGAGUCCGCCUCCUGACCAUUUCUCGGCAGUACCUGUGGCCGAUGUUGCGACUGUGGAUGAUAUGAUAGUUGUUUCUGAUGUGAUUGUGGUGGCGGUGGUUUGAUGCAGGGAAGAUGAUUCAGCCGUCGACCUCUCUCCUUGUGCAACCAUGCCAUGACUAUGCACGUACGAUGCGCUACCUGCACCUGUCACGGUUGUAUCGCUGGAAGUCGCCGUGUCAGGUAACAGUGGAGCCCUUAACGGAUCUGCAACAGGUUCAGUUGUUCUGCUCAAGUAAGCCCUCAAACUACACUAACAAAGAUGUCUAUAUAUAUAUUUAUUUUUUUCAACUCGGCCAAGAGAACAUUUAUAGGCUACAUAGCAGCAGCAGCCUGGUUUGGGCUAUCCCUAUCUCUUGGCUGGAAACAAGACAGAAGCCAAGUUAUGCAAUUUUCAGUCCGAGGCAUGUCCCCUGAGGCAGGAGGAAGCAGAACAUCAACUUGUUGCUCCCCUUGUCUCCUCCAAAUAGACGGAAUACGUUGAAACCACAUCCUGGUGGCAAGAAACAAUUUAGGCCGGCCCGAUUUGGUCGCAAAAGAAAUGUUCAAGCAACAACCGGGGAAGAAGCACGGGUAUAGUGAAAACUACAAUCACUCUGUGCUAAAGGUAAACUAGGAAGAUGUUAUCAAAACAAAAAGUGGCUCAUAUCAAUACCUGUUGGAAUGAAGAAGGAGAAGCAUGACAAACAUCUGAAUACCUCAGCAGCAGAUUCAUUGCAUUCAGAUAAAGCAGCAGAAAGCCCUACUUCCGUGUGCGCUCUUUUUGAUGGUUCAUCGGACAUUGCCCUUUCCGCUCUUUUCCUCCUCCUCAGGAUCACCCUUUGAGUUGUGCACGACGACUCGUUACAGGGCAAUAACAAGUCAUGCCUGCCAUGACUAUGCACAGAUGAUGUGCUAGCUGCAGCUGAUGGUUGGAGGUGACAGGAUAACGUAGCAACUGCUGGAAAGAGCUUUGUGAUUGUUUCGACAAAUCCUGUAUACACUACGCGCAGUACUUCCCUUUCACCCCUGUCAAGAGACUCGAUUGUAUCAUUGCAACUCCGUGCCUUAGAUAAUAGUGACAUCUUUGCUGAAUCUGCAAUGUGUUCAAUUAAUCACUUGUUGGUCUAGAUAGAGCAAUUGGCAUGGGUCUUGUCUAGAGCAAUGGUUCUAAUUUUCCUUCACAACGACAAGCAAAGAUUAUGGAAAAUAAUUACAAGCACUUGUUCUACAA